AUUACAACCUUUAGCAACACCAGCGUGAAACAAAGGGCACCCUUUAGUAUUGCGUUGCUAGGAUGACGCCCUCAACGCCCACGCGUGCUCCUGACUCGCCACGGUCAUCUCAGUCCCCUCCUCCAUCUGGGGUACAGGGAGACUUGGAGCUUGAAUUACUCGGGUUGGCCAAUGCUUUGUAUAACCUUGGAACGACCGUUAUCAAUGAUUCUACGAAAGAGAGAGAUAAAAUAGGAGGGGCAAAGCAAGUUGGGCUUCGGGUCAACGAAGUCAUUAGCCACCUUUCAACCAUUGAUGAUAUGGCACAACACAUCAAUACGAUGAUCCCGUUUCAAGUUCUGACUGAUAUAGAUAAUGCACGGAAUCCAAUGCAUCUCACAAAGGAAAGACUAGAAAGAGCGGCUACGGAAAAUCAAUUCAUGAAUGGUAAAAUCGCUGCGAUUGACUCAUAUCGCAAGGCUCUGGACGAGGCUUUGGCGCAGAGCUUCCCUGAAGUACAAGAGCACCUCCAGUCAAGGCAACUACCAUCUGCCAACCUUGCAGCACAACCAGGAACUUCAUCUCUCGAUGGCUCCUCUUUGGAAGCAGUCCAUCGCGACAGCUAAUCAUAUCAGCCUAAUAACCAGCGCUCAAACUGGUUGACAAGGGGAUUUUUCGCGAACGUUUGAUAUAGUCAGCAUCAGGUCUGCGGCCACCUAAAUGGAGAUAUACGUCGUAUCCACAUCGAUUCAGCUGAAAUACGACUGUUAUUUGGCUCGCAAUUGGCAUAUGCUCGCGUUCACCUAUGUCGAUGGCGGUGAUUGAUCCCAAGUCGAAGAAGCUUAACAUGGCGGCGGUUGGUUCGCAGGUGAGGGAGCGUUGUAUAUUGACGGAGAUUAUCAGAUAUGUAAGUGCAUUGUCGGAAACACUGGUUUGUGGAUGUGAGCGCCAGGGAGCCCUUCGUGAGACUUGCGGCGUGUAAUAGUCAUAAUUUAUAUUGCACCUCUCCGUGUUUUUACCAUAUCUCUUGUAAUUGCAUCUUUUCGAUCCGAACAAGUGUCCGCCCCAAUGAUAGAUGAU